AUGUGUGUUGUAUGUCCUCCAGUGUCCCUGUCACAGCCCAACAUCUCUGUCAGUGCCCCAGAGGGAGAGCUGGUCUUGGGGCCCCAUGGCCCAGAGGUCCCCUGGGGCCAAAGCUUCUCCAUCGUCUGCUCCACCAAGCCACAGUACCAAGGAGGCUCUUUCCACCUCAUCUCGGACAGGUCAGCUGAGAUCUGGACUGAGCUGGCGGUCAAUCACUCUGCCUCUUUUGACUUUCCUGAAGCAGAGUUUUUCCAUGAAGGGAACUACAGCUGCUUAUACGAGGUCACUUUGUCCACACGUCUGUUCACCUCAUUAAGAACAGAUGAGCUUCAUGUGACGAUAAAAGCUCUGACAUGGAUGGAGUGGUCUCGUCAUAUGGCAUCUGCACAUCCCUCUGUGAUCUAUGGGGCAACACUUGGCCUGAUGCUCCUUGCCAUAGUCCUGUGCUCAGUGUUGCUGUUGAAGAAAAAGAAGACUCAGCAUAUAUAUGCGAUCAAUGAUGAGUACUGGCCUAUGACUUCAUUUGAAGUACUAAAAUCAGCAGAGCCAGUGAAGACAGAGCAGAUACCAUCUCAGCUGGAGGAAGAAGUUGAAUUUGCAUCGUAAGCAGACCACAGUAUAUAUGUGUGGGUAAAGAUCUGUGCUUUUGCUUCACUGAUUUGACGUGAUUGUGUCUGCUGUCUUUUUAUUCAUGUUAAUGCUGUUGUUUUUUUUUUUUGUUUGUUUUUCAAAUAUAAUGGCAGAAUUAUUUUUGAUUGUUACGUUUAUAUUCUCUAUAUAUAACUUUAGUUUUUCAAGAAAAUAUUGUGUUAUUUCGCCUGUACAAAGCAUAUCCUCAUCUUAAAUUAGUGUGUGACAGCAAAGGUGAGAUCUAUUUGUACCUUACACCACAGCUGAUGAUAAUUUAAUGCUUCAAUGUAUCUAAAUAAGUGCAGUGCAUUGUUUCAGUGCCAUUCUUUUUGCUUACAAUAAAUGGAAGCUUU